AUGUUUCCUCUGCAGAUUGUGAUCGUGCAGUGGGGGGGGAAACCCUUCAGCUGUGCCCCCCUCAACGUGGAGCAGUGGCUCUGGUGUCUAUUUGUGGGAGUUGGAGAGCUUCUCUGGGGGCAGGUGAUCGCCACAGUUCCAACAGAGCGACUGCCAUGUCUGAAAGAGGCGGGGCUUGGCCUGGAGCCCGGGGAGGAGGAAGGGGAGGAGCUGGCCGAGGAUGAGGAGGAGAUUGACUGUGCAGAGCGAGAGCUGCGCCGCGGACAGAUCCUCUGGUUCAGAGGCCUUAACCGUAUCCAGACUCAGAUGCGAGUGGUGAAAGCCUUCCGUAGCUCGCUGUACGAGAGCCGGGAGAAGCCGGAAUCCCGCAACUCUAUCCAUAACUUCAUGGCCCACCCAGAGUUCCUCAUCAACGACCUCAUCCAUAACAUCCCGCUGAUCGACGACACUGACGUGGACGACGAAUCAGAGCUCAGCAGAUACCAGCACCUGCACCCGGCCCUCCGCAAACCGCCGCCUCCUCCGGCCCAGCCCCCGGCCCGCACCAGGCCGACCCGGCCCUACCGCCAGCACAGCCUUCCAGUGACCCCGUGUAACCGGAACAACAACAACAACAGCAGCAGCAGCUCACCGGGCCCCCGCAGCUACAGAAACAGCAGCAACAAAACGACCCACAAACAUCACCACAACCUCCCUGGGAGGCCCCGGCCUGCGGAGCCCCCCGUCCCCCACCCUGCACACCUCUUCUGCGUGGAGACGUCCUUAUAACGGGUCUGGGAGGGAGGGAAGGGCUGAGGACAUUUCCAUCCAGUCUCCCUCCAAACUAGCUCUGAAAAAAGGAACCCCCCCCAUCUGAUCCCUGAACAGUCAGGGUGGGGCUGGGACCCCCAGCAAACCCAGAACAGCUUCAGACUCAGUGUUCAUUCUGACCCCCCCACCCUGCCAAGCGCACUGCUCCACCCGCCCUGAUGACUUCACCCCCGCCCCUCUCUGCUGCCCCCCCAUUAAUGUCCUGCUCUACAGGUUUCUGUCUCGUUCCAUUUCUCUGCUUUGUGUUUCGUCUUUUCUCAUAAAACAUACAUGAACAGAAAUGAGAAAAAUCCGAGAAACUGAACUGAAAGUCCCCCACCCCCCUCUCCUUUUUGUCUGUUUGGUUCAAUGAUCUUGACCUACUGUGCCCCCCCCACCCCCUCCGGAUCGGUGCAGCAUUAACCCUUUAAGAUGCUCAGGCCGUGUCCCUUUAAGACUGCCCUGUUCUCACUGCUCCCCCUGAUUCCUUGUUUCAUGGAUUCUGGAUCCGGUUCUGUUCUGCGGAAGGAAAGAACAUCCGGCUCCUUUUAUCCAAAGGUGCGACGCUCUUAACCUGGAUUGUUGUGAAAUCUGAGUUUUCAGUCUCACAACAAAUCCAUCUUGAAAGACUGCCGCUAACAUGUCCGUCUCCUAACCACCGGCGAGUUGGACCAAUGACAUGCCAGCAGUGUUUUUGGGGGCGGGGCAUUUAGGAAUGACAACAGUCAGAAGGGCCUAGGCUGGGGACUAAAAUAGCUACGCUGGAGGACUCACCCCUCGUUUCUGCGAUUUUAGCUAAAAUAGCGACAAUUUCUCGUGAAAAAAGGAGCAGAGAAGCACUUUGUGCAUUUCUAGAUGGGAAAGUCUGUGCUUUUCUUCCGACAGCAUUUGGAAAAGGUGUGAUUUAUCAGCUUGCGUUUCGUUUUGCGGCUACGAUUGGCUGAGAGCAUUUUAUGGAAGGCGGGCACUAGCUGGCACGUCACCCAAUCAGCUGGAAGCAUUGUACUAAACGUCCCUCCGUUUCACAGACAGACUGAGCAGCAGCCAUGAUUGAUAGAUUGAAUUCAAUCACAUCCAUCCUGCUGCUGCCAGGUUAUGAAAGUCUCCCAGUACAACCAGUGAGAGCUCCUGUUCGACCAUUAGAAAGGCUUCAUUUGGAGUCUGUUCAUAGCAAAAUGAGUCCCUCCGAUUUAGGACAUACUUUAUGCUUCAUUUAUAUGAAGAAGCAUUAAUGAAACUUAAAACGUGUUUCAUUUAUAAAUGCUAGCAUUACUUUAAUAGAGCCAGUUAGACUCCGCCCCCCAGGCUUUAACCCUCCCCCCUGGUUCCAGUAUUCAGGUGAAUCUCAAGGUGGUCCUUUGCCUCUCAGCGCCUCUCAAAUAUUUCCCAAAUUCUAGUCUCCAGGUGGGAAAGAGCUCAGCAGCCAAACGGCGACAUCUGAGCACCCAUAAGAUCCUCCAACCAUCACACCCUCCAACCAUCAGACCCUCCAACCAUCAGACCCUCCGACCAUCAGACCCUCCAACCAUCAGACACUCCGACCAUCAGACCAUCAGACCCUCCAACCAUCAGACCCUCCGACCAUCAGACCCUCCGACCAUCAGACCAUCAGACCCUCCAACCAUCAGACCCUCCAACCAUCAGAUCCUCCAACCAUCAGACCCUCCAACCAUCAGACCCUCCGACCAUCAGACCCUCCAACCAUCAGACCCUCCAACCAUCAGACCCUCCGACCAUCAGACCCUCCAACCAUCAUAUCCUCCGACCAUCAGACCCUCCGACCAUCAGACCUUCAGACCAUCAGACCCUCCAACCAUCAUAUCCUCCA